AUGGAAGUUGGGAAUUUGAAUUCGUAUGAAACGCCAUGUGCUGUUUGUAAUACGACCCCGGCUUCUUCACAUUUUGGUGUUAAUGCUUGUCGACCCUGUGAGUUUUUCAAUUUUUUAUUAUUAAUGUUUUUAAAAUUUUAAUUAUUUUUGUUUUGAAGUUUUUUGAAAUUUAAAAAAGGAGCUUUUGGUAAAUUUGAAAGAGUAAUUCUAACGUUGUUGAUGUUAAUAAUGAUGAUUUAGGUGCUGCCUUCUUCCGUCGAUCAAUAGUGCUGAAGAAAAAGUACAAAUGUAAAUACGGACAAAAAUGUAAAUUUACCAGUAAGUUAGUUUAUUACAUUUGACAUUUAGAUCUUUACAAUGCUUGUAGUACUAGUAAACGAUUUGAAAUUUUAGGUAACAGAAAGAUGUGUGGGUACUGUAGGUUCGAACGAUGUUAUGCCGUUGGAAUGGAAGCUUCAAGUAAGUUGGGUAUUAGCUUAGUUCUUAGUUUGGGCAUUGACCAUUUUUUUAGUCCACAAGUAGCGGCCAUCGAUUUUACUGGGCUGUGCAGACCAGGCUGGGCAUAAAAAAUUGUCUGGACGGUCGAAGCAAAACACUUUUAGUGGCUACUUACGGGUUAAACUUUUUUUUUGAAUUUUUUUUAGAAAUUAGAUACGCCUACGAUAAGCACGGUCCAAAACUUCCUAAAAAACCGUCCGAUUCAUUGACGAAUUCACCGUCGGUGUCGACUGAAAGCGAGGUUUCAUCGGAAGAGCUGUUCAACAAUGUUGUCGCUGGGUAUUCCAAGUUCAUAGCUGAUACCAAACUAUACUACUUUGCUUCAAAUCCAGAAAGAUUACUUGAUAAGGAAGUGACGUUUGUUCAAUGCACUUUGGAACAACAUACUCGGGUUUCCAAGUCGCUGAUCGUGUAUUGUUUGGAUAUGUUAAACAACUUUUAUCAGCCGUUUAAUGAGUUCGCUGAUGAAGCCAAAGUAAGUUGAUAUUACUGUGCCAAUUCAAAUAGUUUUUAAUUAUUAGAUUGUUCAACUAAUUUUGUGUUCACUAACUUCGAAAACUUGAUUUGAGAGGGGGCUCAGAGUUUUUUGAACAACUUGUUACAUUGCAGAUUAGUAGCUCAUAACUUUUUGAACAACGUAAUAUAUUAAAUUUUAAUAUUUAAAAUCUAUUUAUAUAAAGAAUAUUACACUGCCGCCUUUCUUCACGUCUGAAUCUAGGUAGUAUAAGUACCAAAACAUUUCAGAAAAAAGUGCUCCACGAGUACCAUCUGUUCUUUACCUUGUUGAGUCAGAACUUCUUGAACACAUUAUACUUCCUCAAUGAACCCAACAAGAUGUUUUUACAUUUCGGAAGUUAUGUCGACGUCACUCAUUUUGAAAACUUCUUCUACACUUCUUCGCAAUUAGAGUUAUGCAAGUAAGAAGCAUAUAUUGAACUAUACUUUUAGAACUAUGUAUUUAAAACUAGGUUUUGUUUUUAAAGAGUAGACUAAUUUACUUUUAUGUUUUAAAAAUGUAAAAUUGGAAUUUCUAAAAUACUUUAUUUAUAGUUUUAGCACGUUCAAUGACACAAAUGUCAAGUUUAUCAAAGUUUGUAAAAAGUUUUGUAAAAUCCAACCAGACCAAGCAGAAAUCGCGGUUAUGGCUGGAAUUUAUUUUUGGAGGGAAGGUAAGUGCGGGAAAGCGAUAUGUUAGGUUGUUCAACUAUUUAUGUGCUCCUUCAUCUUAAAACUGUUCUUUCAAAGGGGGCACAGAAUUAAUUGAACAACUUUUUUACCAAAACAAGACAGGCCUAGACGGUGCAAGUUUUAGUACACAUAGCUUAAGUAUGUAUCUGUUUUUACCGCGGCUUUCUUUUGUUUUAUUAUACGCCUACAAGCGAUGCAAAAAACUCUACUCAGUAAUCAUAAAUAAAACUUAUCCUAAUCAUAAGGCACUUCUUUUUAGUGAACAACCUCUACCCAUCUCUUCAAUACGAGUCAUACACCGAGAAACUUCAAACCGAGCUCACAAGGCACUGUAGACAAAAGUACGGUGAGCUAACGUACUCAGUUCGAAUGUGUAAAGUAUUGUCGUUGAUGAGAGACUUGGAGGAACUGAUGUUGUUCUUGUCGGAGACUAUGGCCAUUGGGACAUUCAUGUAUGACAAUUGGGAUGGCAGACAUCAAGAACUAUUUACGUAA